UGCUUAAAAUCCGGGCCGCGGGCGAUAAGGGCUCCGCCCUACGGAGAGCCAAAACCCUUUCCCUCACGAGCAGCUCGCUUUCACCAUCCCUACCCCUUUCUCUCCUUUUAGAGAUCAUGGCGGGAAGAGAGAUCCUGAUGCUCGAAGCCCCGCCGGAUCCUUCCCGCCAAGGCUGGUCGGCCGGUCCGAAGGCGGACGUCGUCGACGCGCUGCCCUACAUCGACGACGACUACGGCGACCCCAGGGUGAAGACCGAUGUCGACCGCCUCGUUGAGGAGGAGAUGCGGCGGAGCGUCAAGAAGCCCGCGGAUUUCCUCAGAGAGCUCCCUCCUCUGCCCAAGUUCGGCUUUGAGGAUCACCCUAUGCUUGUUAGAGAGUAUGAACGCGUGAGAGCUGGCAAGCCACCUGCAACUUUGGAGAUGUCACGUUAUGGAUUAGAACCUCCCCCGCUAAAUAAGCGUAAUGAUGUUGCUGCGUGGAGGCUAGCUCUACGAAAUGCUCAGAGCUUGUUACAACAUCAAAUAGUAAGGAUUGAGAAUCUGGAGCUAAUGUUGAAGCAUGGUGCUGAUGUCUGGAAACAGAAGAACAAACAAUUGGAGUCAUUUUUGUCCAGAAUGCAAGCGGUGGCUCUGGAAUAUAAUGAAAAGAUUGAAGCUGUGAAUCGUGAAAGAAAAUUCCAUCAGCAAAACACAGGUGUGCAACUUAAUGCCCUGAUGGCACAAUGGAGGGAGCUAUGUGAGAAGAACAUAGAGAUCCAAGCUGCAUGUGCUGAUCUUCAGAAUCGUAUAGACCAACUCAAGAUGGAAGCAAAGGAGAAUGGUCUUGAUUUGGAUGCCAAUGUGCAAAAUCAAUCUGCAAUAACCUCAGGACUAUAAGUUUUGUUGCCAUACAGGAUGUAGAAGAGAUCUAACGCUUUGCAGUCUUCUUAAUUGAAAUUGAAUUUUGUUGGCCUCUGUGGGCACAUACGGGCUCAAUUCAAUUUGUGGACAUUGACUGGAGAGUUUCAUGCUGACCACUCAGCAAGGGGAUAUUGGAUAUGAGUUAGAUGGUGAGCACGAUCAGAGGUAAGUAACAGUUUCUGCCACCAUUGCAAUCUUGAGCUAGAGUGGCAGCAGAUUCAGCUGUUAAAAUCUUAAGGGAUUGUAGCAAAUGAUGACUUGCUUGCUCUCUUUCACCAAACAAUCCAGCCGUCAGAAUGCCAAGUAUGUUUCGAGGGAUUUUUGACAUAUUGAACCCCAUUUUUUUCUUUCUUUUUUUUGUUUGGGUAGAAUAUUGAAUCCUGCUUGAUGAUUUCAGUCCAUAUUAACAUCCUCAAUGUCUAGAUUAGAUAUUUCAAUAACAAUAAGAGGUGCUGCAACAAUUUGAGUACCCAACUA